GACCAUGAUAUACCGUCUGAACCCGAGUACGCCCAGCAGAUGUUCGGAGGUGACGGACCAUCUCUGUGGCCGAGAGACGGGAGCCAGUCUACGUUCUUCAAACAAAAUGGGAUCGACGUGCGACCAGUCCCUGAUCAAGAGUUCGUUCAAGACAGGCAGAAGCUGCUCGGGGAACUGAAGGCUGAAAUCGCUGAGCUGUCCAACCACAACAUCAUGCGCAGCGGGGAGGACCCGUCCUGUGAGAGGAUGGACCAGGUAUUGACGCAGUUCUUCAACGGCGGGCUGGUGGGAAGGUUGCACGAGCUACGAAAGACAUCACCAGAUGAGGCAAAGGAGAUCGAGGCUGAGGACGAGCUGCCAGAGGACGCGCAGCGCGACAAGGAGUUGUGGGAGGAACUGCAGAAAAACAACUACUAUUUCAACACAUCCACGGGGGCUGGGAACCCUGCAGGAAGCCGCUGGCAGCGCGCUUUGAAGGCAAGCGAGAAACUUCGGCGCAAGUGCGCCAAGUGCCAUGGCUACCAUGACUCCCAGAAGUUCAGAGCGAGGUGGGCCAAGCGGAUGCACAGGGACUGGAAGUGCAAGUGGACCAGGACCCAUUCGACGACGCUCACAAAGGCGCAGAUGAAGGACGGUGAGUACUGCAGCAUCGGCAGGAUCGCGAAGAAGGAAGGAGGAGGGCUCCACGGGAUGCAGCUGGCGUUCAAAUAUUGCACGAACGCGAUCAUACUUGGAGGGAUGUGGGCCAAAUGGGACGAUAUGACCGAAAGCAUCAAAUUCCUGUAUUUCACGCAUCGCAUGUCUGAGACGUUCAAGGAAGCAUGGGAAUAA